CUUGUUUAGCUGGCCCUUCUGAUUAUCCCAUCUGCCACGUACGCCUCUCACUCUUCUUCUGUACUCUUUUUUUAGAGAGAGAAAAUAAACAAGAGAGAGAGAAUCGCCGACGAAGAAGUCGGGAGGACGUCCAAAUCGCAACAAUGGCGUUCUCUGGAUAUUCUUCCAUUUUAGGAAACCCUAAUUCCGCCAUUCUCUCUCCUCCUCCUCCUUCUCUAUCUCCUUCUCUUACAUUAUCCCCUAAAUUAUCUUCUAUUUCCUUCAAUCAUCAUCCUUCUUUGUCUUUUCGAUUCGAUCAUUCUCACCAUUAUCGGAUUCAUCAUCGUCGUCUUCAUCGCAAUUCUGUGGUUAUGGCAUCUACUAGUACUUCAAGGCCGCUGAGGAUUAUGAUAUCCGGUGCUCCGACAUCUGGCAAAGGGACGCAAUGUGAGCUUAUAACUGACAAAUAUGGUUUGGUGCAUAUUGCUGCUGGAGAUUUGCUUCGGGCAGAGAUUUCAUCUGGUAGUGAAAACGGAAAACGAGCAAAGGAAUACAUGGAUAAAGGACAGCUGGUUCCUGAUGAAAUUGUUGUGAUGAUGGUCAAGGACCGUCUGAUGCAGCCUGAUUCACAGGAGAAGGGCUGGAUUUUGGACGGAUAUCCAAGGAGCUUAUCUCAGGCAAUUGCUCUAAAAGACUUUGGGUUCCAGCCUGAUCUUUUUAUUCUUUUGGAAGUACCUGAAGAAUUGCUUGUUGAGAGGGUUGUUGGACGGAGACUAGAUCCUGUUACUGGAAAAAUCUACCAUCUGACAUAUUCACCUCCUGAGAGUGAUGAAAUUGCUUCCAGGCUUACCCAGCGCUUUGAUGAUACUGAAGAGAAGGUAAAAUUGCGCUUGCAAACUCAUCAUCAAAAUGUGGAGGCUGUGCUUUCCAUGUACGAAGACAUAAUUGUGAAGGUUGAUGGUAGUGUUUUAAAAGAAGAUGUAUUUGCUCAGAUUGACAAGGCCCUCUCCAAUCUUGUGGAGCAAAAGACAGCUUCAGAAUCUGUGGCAGCCUAGAUGUGACUAGUAGUGAGCUUACACGUACUCUACCCGUCCUCUCUUCUUGCCAAAGAUUCCCUUUAUUUGUCACUAGAUAGCCAUUUUUAUUUCCUACUGCUUGUAAUCGUCUUGAUUGUUGGUAAUUCUUUUGUAGAAAGUUUUUGGUUGGUAUACAUAAAAGCAGCCCAGCUUUCAUAUGAACUCCAAAAUUAGUUUUGUUGUAAACAUAUGACAGAAAUGAAGUUUAUAUCUUGAUAAAUGAAAGCCUCCAUGGCAUUGUACAUUUUGGAGGCAUCAUAUUACUUGUACAUUUUGGAGGCAUCAUAUUACUUUUAUAUAUCGUGCUUAAAUUCAAAUA